UUAUGUAUUGAUUUUGAAUAAGAGUGUCACUUUAAAUCGCAUGUUUACAAACGUUUAAACAUCGUGAAUAAAUACAAAGGUUAUAUUUGGACAUGCGCAGUAGAUGAAAUGAAUUUACUUCAUUGUUGGUUUUGAAGAUCAACAAAAUAAAGAUGGAGGUACCCGGAAAGAAGCGUGACCCUGACCUUGACAAGGGUUCCGCUGACGCCACGGUCUACUGCCAGCCGUGUGAAGAAGGCGGUAAACGCGCUGUGGCCCAGGGCUUCUGUCAGACCUGCGAGGAGUACAUGUGCGCUCCCUGUGUCGAAUACCAUAAGAGAUUGAAGAUGUCUAGGAACCACAUUUUGCUGUCCAAAGAUAGGAUGCCCUCCUUCUACCCGACAACGAAAAAAUCAGCUAUCGCCGACACGGAUUAUUGUAACAACCAUCCGAAGGAGAUGAUCAAAUUUUAUUGCCCGACCCACGGAGACCUUGGCUGUGGUGAUUGUGUCGUACUCGACCAUCGCAACUGUAAAGUUGACUAUAUCGCUGAUGUGGCUAAAGAAUUCGUCACUGGAAAAUCAUUCAGAGAGCUGGAGCCAUCGAUUAAACGAGCUAAAGAUAUUUUAUCCGGGUUUAUAAGAAACGUCAAGGAGCUCUUUGGUGAUGUCAAAAACCAGUCGAAGGUUGAGAUAGAUAAACUGCGGAAGUUCCGUGCAGAAAUAAACACUUAUCUAGACCGGCGCGAGAAUGAGUUGCUCGACAACAUCAAGAAGGUUAAUACCGAGGAUGAGAACGCGCUGUCUGCACUUAAGACCGAUUGUGAGUUGACGAAAACCGGACUUGAGGCCAUGAGGACGGAACUUACUUCCGGUGACGUCUCGGUCAAUCAGCGGUACGUGGCAUCAAGGAGAAGCCAGAAGGAGCUACGGAGAAUUUAUGAUAAUAUGGAGAAGAUGGCUGAUAGGAUGAACGCCCGGAAGUACCUGUUUACUAAGGACGCGGACACGGAGCGGCUACUGGGUUCGAAAAGGGGCCUUGGAACACUUGACGUUGCGGGAGAGUUUCGAAAGAAUAUUCCAGUUCCUGACCUAUCUACUGUAACAUGGAAGAAUGGAGCAGACAUCCACGUCAGAGCGCCACAAGGCCAGGAAACCUGCAUUAUUACCGGCCUCGCCCUGCUGUCUCCCGGUCUCUUCCUUCUGACUGACCACGGUAACAGCUGUGCCAAACUGGUGGACGCCACCACCCGCGCCGUCACGUCCCGACUCGAACUGCCAGGCGGGCCCUGGGACGUGUGUGCGCUUCCUGAUGACCAGGCCGCUGUCACUCUCCCGUUUAAGUCCAUGAUACAACUGAUGUCUACGAAAGGAGGGCAGUUGUCGCGUGGAAAGGAAAUUAAAGUAUCAUUUGGGUGUUAUGGUAUUGCAUACUACAACAAUAGACCCGCGUAUUGAAGUGAUGACAUUGGAUGGGCUUAUUACCAGUAAAUUUCAAACAGUGUAUGGAAGACAAACUUUCAAAUGCCCAUACUACCUGACUGUGUCAGCUUCCACACCACCGACCCUGUUCGUGUCUGACUACACUGCUGACACCGUCCUCCAGCUGUCU